AUGGCGUUUCUCCAGUGGAGACGCUUUAACUUCUUUGACAAGGAAUUGGUGAAAGAUGAAUUAGGUCAACCAUUUGACAAAUUGAAGGAUAUAAAUAUUGAAGUAUGCGUGAGUGGGCGUGGUCAAAUUACCAUCGGAGAUAUCGAUGGUACCAUCUAUUUCUUAUCAAGAAACUUAGAACUGUUGGCAUUCAAGGCUUAUGAACUUAGAGUAACGCAACUUUACCAGCUGAAACAACAUAAUAUAUUAGUGUCUAUUGGGGAAGAUGAACAGGGAAUCAAUCCACUCAUCAAAGUAUGGAACUUAGAAAAGAUGGAUAAAAUGGGCAAUCCAACAUGCUCCAGAAUAAGCCGUGCUAUACCUAGUAAUAAUAAACCUACACCCGUAUCAACGUUGUGUGUGAGUGAGACGCUGAACAUGAUGGCUAUUGGUUUCACAGAUGGUACUGUUACUCUUAUAAAAGGAGACGUCCUUCGAGAUAGGCAUACAAAGUUACGGACUAUUCACCAAGACAAAUCUCGCAUUACAGGAUUAGCUUUCAAACAUUCACACAAGUAUUCCAUUCUAUUUAUUGCAUCUGAAACCAAUGUUUUAUCCGUCAAUAUUACUGCCAAGGACAGAAAGCAUCUCGAUAGUUGCGGUAGUUCUCUUCAUUGUAGUGUACUUAGUGAUAGCACACAAGACUAUCAAUUUGUGAUGGGUCGCAGUGAUGCAGUUUAUUUUUACCAGUCUGAUGGACGAGGUCCUUGUCUUGCGUUUGAAGGUGACAAAUUACUAUUAAAAUGGUACAGAGGUUAUCUAGUAGUUGUCAGCAAGGAAAAUAAAACAAUACCAAGGCCUGCAGCAGGAGGUGCAACUACCCGUCAUAUGAAUGUGGUUACUGUAUAUGAUAUACAGAACAAAUUUAUUGCGUACUCUUCACCAAUGCCCGAGGUGCUUGACGUACUGUGUGAAUGGGGAUCGUUGUACGUACUAGCUGGAGACCACAAGUUAUAUCACUUACAAGAGAAGGACACACAAACCAAACUAGAGAUGUUAUUUAAGAAGAACUUGUAUGUGAUGGCUAUCAAUCUUGCGAAAAGUCAGCAUUAUGAUUUGGACGGUUUAAUAGAUAUAUUUACACAAUAUGGUGAUCAUUUAUAUAGCAAAGGAGAUCAUGAUGGCGCUAUAUCUCAGUAUAUCAGAACUAUCGGUAGAUUGGAACCAUCUUAUGUUAUUAGAAAGUUUUUAGAUGCACAAAGGAUUCAUAACUUAACUGCGUAUCUACAAGAGUUGCAUAAACAAUCGUUAGCUAACGAAGACCACACGACAUUGCUGUUAAACUGUUAUACUAAGUUAAAAGACAAUUCAAAAUUAGAUGAAUUUAUCAUGACAAAAGACAAAGAAGUAGAUUUUGAUGUAGAAACGGCAAUCAAGGUUUGUCGACAAGCUAGUUACUACGCACAUGCACUAUUUUUAGCCGAGAAGCACGGCCAACAUGACUGGUAUCUUAAAAUCCAGCUUGAAGAUAUAAAAGAUUACACAAAGGCAUUAAACUACAUUGGGAAACUUGAAUUUGAAGAGGCAGAGAGUAAUUUGAAGAAAUAUGGUAAAAUUUUAAUGAAUGAAGUUCCACAUGAUACAACAGAAUUACUUAAACUACUCUGUACCGACUACAGACCUAGUGAUAAACCCCUUGUAGAUCCAGCAUCAAUGGAUGGUAGCCUACCGCCAAGGAUCAACAAAGCCCAUGCUGAAGAGUUCAUUCAUAUAUUCGUGAAUAAUUCCAGCAGAUUGACUGAAUUCUUAGAACAUAUGGUCAAGGUGCAACCAAGUUGUUCAUCACUGAUCUAUAAUACACUCUUAGAGUUACAUUUACAUGAUGUAGUGCAUGAAAAGGAAAUCCAGAAAAGAGUUGACAUCGAAAGAAAAACAUUAGAUUUAUUACAAAACACUGAGGCUCAGUAUGAUAUAGACCAGGCUUUAGUUCUAUGUCAGAUGCAUAAUUUCAAAGCGGGUAUGCUCUAUCUUUAUGAAAAAGCAAAACUAUAUCAACAAAUUCUUCGUUAUCACAUGGAACAUGAUGAGCACAUCCAUAUCAUCGAUUGUUGUAAAAGAUUUGGACAACAAGAUCCGAGUUUGUGGGUGCAGGCUUUGUCUUACUUUGCUGGUAAAGAGGAGGACUGUAAACCUCAAAUCAUGGAGGUUUUAUCACAUAUUGAUAAAAAGAAUCUCUUGCCACCGCUACUGGUGAUACAAACAUUGGCACACAAUUCAACUGCUACUCUGUCUGUGGUUAAAGACUAUAUAGUUCGUCGUCUACAGCUGGAGAACGACCAGAUUGCUGAAGAUGAACGGCUUAUUAAACAAUAUAAAGAUGAAACUCAGAAGAUGAGGAGCCAAAUAGAAGAAUUGAAAUCAAGUGCAAAGAUUUUUCAAGUGUCUAAAUGCAGUGUUUGUAAUCACCCAUUAGAAUUGCCUUCUGUGCAUUUCUUGUGUCAACAUUCCUACCAUCAACAUUGUUUUGAAGGUUACGCUGAGAGUGAAUCAGAGUGUCCGGCUUGCAUGUCUGAAAAUAGGAAGGUCUUGGAUAUCAUCCGCGCACAGGAACACAGCAAGGACUUACAUGAACAGUUUCAUCACCAGCUGGAUAGAGCAACUGAUGGCUUCUCUGUUGUAGCCGACUAUUUUGGAAGAGGUGUUUUCAACAAGGUGACUCUUUUGACUGACUCAAUGCCAGUGAAGAAGAAACCUGCUCCAACGAGAGUUGUAAUCGACCCCACCCUUCAACGUGAUCAGCUGAUGGGACAUAAACAAAGCCAACCAAUCAAUCCAUUCCCAGCCGUCAGAAGAACUGAUAACGUUUCUCCGUUUGAGAGUAGUCGCAAUCAGACAGAACCUCUAACAUCUCUUGAUGGGAUUAGGCAUUCUAAAUCCAAAGAUCCUGUCAUGUCAAUUGAAACCAGCAAGCGCUCAACUAAAUCAUCCGACCACGUGGCAUCAUCGUUUGAGAGCAGUAGACACACAGCAAAACCUACAGAGCAUGUUGCUGCAUUUGAUAGUAGCAAGCGAGCUGCCAAGCCGCAACCUGUGCCACAUCACACACCACCUAGCAGCCGCAUAGCUCCUGCUGCCCGCACACCGCCUGUCAGCCGCACACCACCUACAAAUAGGGGUAAAGCUCUUGUCCAACCUAGCGAGAAACCGAAACUAUUUGAAAAUCGUCAAGCGACAGUCAGUAAUAGAGUUGCUCCUAAGCCAACACCGCAACGAACUCCUGAUCACCUUAAUCCAUUCUUAACUGGAGAACCAACUAAUCCAUUUGAGGAAAGCAAAAACCCAUUUGAACAAGAAAGUAAUAAUCCAUUUGAGGAAGAUGAGAAACAGCUAGAUCCAAGUAAUCCCUUUUAUAGUCCCUGAGAUACACUUCCAUCCAGAUUAUUGAUUAUAUUAUAUUCUAGCUCAUUUGAUUGUUUUUUUUUAAACGAAUAUAGAUUUUUAUGUCAGUAGGUCAGAAGCAAAACUGAUCACACGUAUUUGUGAGGUUCGAAUUCUACCCACAGAAAAUCUGGAUCUGAAAACAUCUGGAGUUAUCCAUGUUAACCCAGCUCUACAAUAGACAUUUCAGAAUGAAGUAAAAAUAUCUUGAGGUGCCCAAUUUUACCCAGCUUCAUCAGUAGUCUUUUCUGGAGUUACCCAAGUGUACCCAGCUCCAAAGUAGGCAUUUCUUGAGUUACCCAAGUAUACCCAGCUUCCACAGUAGGCAUUUCUUGAGUUACCCAAGUACCGAUAUACCCAGCUCCACAGUAGGCAUUUCUUGAGUUACCCAAGUAUACCCAGCUCCACAGUAGGCAUUUCUUGAGUUACCCAACUAUACCCAGCUCCACCAGUUGAAAUAUUCACAUUAUUUUGUAAAAUUGUUAUUUUUUUUUUCAUUGUAAUAUGAAGUAUUAUUAUUCAGAUCUAAAUUAUGUCAUGAUAUUCAAGUUUCAUAUAGAAUAUCUAAUGCUAUUGUAUGAAAUAAUUUGUAUUUCUUCAUUUUAUAGUGUUCACACAGCAGAGAUGUAAAUUUAUAUUCUCAUUGUAUCUAGAAUUAUAGUAGUACAGGUAGUUUUGAAAUGUUAGAAGGAUUUCAAAAUAUUAUCCGUGCAUAUCACCAAUGUUGAUGUAGACAUUGGGAUUUGAUGUGCAGCAUAUUCAAAUAGUGUUAUUAAAUUCAAUUAAAAAAACCCACAAUAAUUACA